AGGGAAUCAAACAGGCAAAAACCAGUAGAGAGAGAAGCACUAAACAACAGAGCGCAUAAAGCUCCACCAUUACUCAACGGCUUUGCUUUUUACUUGAAAAUGGCGAUUCUUCAUCUUCUUCUUCCUACCAUGCAAUACGCUCCUUCAUGAACCAUAACAAUGUUAUCGAUUACCUUCACAAUGUUUCUACCAAUCGCCGUUCUUCUCUACUUCUCCGCAUUGUAUUCCGCCGCCGACGAUGCCGAAACCCUCGCUCUCACGGCGUUCAAAUCCAAUCUCCACGAUCCGCUCGGUGCAUUGGACGGAUGGAACUAUCAUACGCCGUCAGCUCCUUGCGAUUGGCGCGGCAUUCUCUGUUUCGACGGUCGAGUUCGAGAACUCCGUCUACCGAACUUACACCUGGCCGGGAAGUUAACUGACCGGCUAGGAGAUCUCCGUCAGUUACGAAAGUUAAGUUUACAUUCUAAUAGCUUCAACGGAUCAAUCCCUAGAACUCUAUCUGGUUGUGAUCUGUUACGCGCAGUUUAUCUACAGGGAAACUCCUUCACCGGAAGUUUCCCGGUGGAAAUCGGAAACCUAAACAACUUGCAAUUUCUCAAUAUCGCAAGGAAUCGUCUCUCCGGUGAAGUUUCCAGCAACUUCUCGCCUCAACUUCGGUUCCUCGACCUCUCAUCGAACGAUUUCUCCGGCGCGGUACCGGUAAACUUCUCCUCCGCUUCUCAGAUUCAUCUCAUAAAUCUCUCGUUCAAUCGGUUUUCCGGUGAGAUACCGGCGAGUAUCGGACAGCUUCAGUCGCUAGAGUAUCUAUGGCUAGACGAAAAUGAUUUGUACGGAACUUUGCCGUCGGCGAUUGCGAACUGUUCUUCGCUCGUUCAUUUGAGCGCUGUGAACAACGCCCUACGUGGAGUUAUUCCGACGACUAUUGGCUUCCUUCCGAAACUCCAGGUUAUUUCGCUUUCUAAUAACGAAUUUACCGGUUCGGUCCCCACGUCUCUUCUUUGUAAUUCAUCAGUCAACGAAUCUUCUUUGAGAAUACUUCAGCUUGGAUUUAAUAACUUCACGGGUUUGAUCAAUCCAUUAAACUCGUUGUGUUCUAGCAAGCUAGAGAUAUUGGAGAUUCACGAUAAUCAGAUAGAAAACGUUUUUCCUUACUGGUUAACCAAUGUUUCAUCCCUGCAAGUUUUAGAUCUUUCCGGUAAUGCAUUUUCCGGCGUUAUACCGGCUGAAAUCGGCAAUCUGGUUAACCUCGAAGAGCUCAGAGUUGUUAAUAACUCCCUAACCGGGGAUUUGCCUGUUGAUAUUCAAAAAUGUGGUUUGCUGAAGGAGAUUGAUCUUGAGGGGAAUCAAUUUUCAGGUCCAUUCCCAGAUUUCUUGAUGAAUAUGAAGAGCUUGACUGCAUUAUCUCUAGGAGGGAAUUCAUUCACUGGUUCGAUUCCUUCAACUAUUGGAAAUCUCUUCGAACUCGAAUCCCUCAAGUUGGAGAACAACCAUCUUAGUGGCGCUCUACCGCAGGAGCUUAUGGGAUUGAAAAACUUAACCAUCUUGAACUUGAGUCAUAAUAAGUUCUCCGGCGAAGUUCCAUACAGCAUUGGUGACCUGAUGAACUUACAGUAUCUUAACAUCAGUGGCUGUGGAUUCUCCGGGAGAGUUCCGGUGAGCAUCGGGAGGUUGUUGAGGCUGGUUACUCUGGAUCUAAGCAAGCAAAAUUUGUCAGGUGAACUUCCAUUUGAGCUUUUUGGAUUGCCUAAUCUGCAAAUCGUGGCUUUAGAAGAAAACUCCUUGUCGGGUUCUAUUCCUGAAGGGUUUAGCAGUUUAUUGAAUCUGCAGUAUCUGAAUCUUUCAUCCAAUAACUUAUCCGGCACAGUUCCGGCUACCUACGGUUUCCUCGAUUCAUUAAUCGUUUUCUCCAUCUCCGACAAUAAUGUCGCUGGUAUUAUUCCAGAUGAGCUUGCGAAUUGCUCGGGUCUUGAGAUCCUGGAGCUUCGUGGUAAUCGCUUUGAGGGUCAUAUUGCACCUGAACUAUUUGAUAUGCCUCGAUUGAUGAAGAUGGAUUUUGGUCGGAAUUAUUUGACUGGUUCUAUUCCGGCGAUUAUUUCAAGAUUCUCAUCGUUAACGUCUCUGCUAUUAGAUGGAAACCAUCUCUCCGGUAAUAUACCAGGAUCAAUUACGAAUCUGUCAAAUCUAACUCGGCUGGAUCUUUCAUCAAACAGGUUGAAUGGAACUAUUCCAUUAAACCUAUCAUCUUCUCUUCCACUCCUGAACUAUUUCAACGUCUCAAACAAUAACCUGCAAGGUGAGAUUCCGGGGACUCUAGCCAGCCGAUUCAACAACCCUUCUUUGUUUUCCGGUAACCAUAAUUUAUGCGGGAAGCCAUUGGCGAGAAAGUGUAGGAACGAGAUAAGACAACGGAAGAGGAAAAAGUUGAUCUUUUUGAUAAUUGUUCCCAGUGCUGGAGGUUGCCUUUUUACACUAUGUUGUUGUGGCUACAUAACAAGCCUUCUCUGUUGGAGGAGAAAAUUAAGACGAAAAUCUAACCCUGAUAAGAAGUCGAGUUCGGGUCGUGCCAGUUCGGCUCAAGAUGUCGAAAAUGGCGCUCCAAAACUGAUCAUGUUUAACAACAAAAUAACGUACGCAGAAACUGUCGAAGCCACGAGACAAUUCGACGAAGAAAACAUCUUGAGCCGCGGAAGCCACGGGCUCGUGUUCAAAGCAACAUACGCGGACGGAAUGGUCUUAUCGAUCCGACGCCUCCCGGAUGCUUCAAUUGAUGUUGGCACGUUCAAAAAGGAAGCUGAGUCCCUAGGGAAAGUCAAGCAUCGAAACCUAACCGUCCUUCGUGGCUACUACGUUGGACCGCCACCGGACAUGCGUCUAUUGAUAUACGACUACAUGCCAAAUGGAAACCUUUCGACCCUCCUCCAAGAAGCUUCCCACCAAGAAGGUGGCGGCGGCCACGUUCUAAACUGGCCCAUGCGCCACCUCAUUGCCCUCGGUAUUGCCCGAGGGCUAGCAUUCCUAGACUCAGUCUCAAUUAUUCACGGGGACGUGAAACCGCAAAACGUGUUGUUCGAUGCUGAUUUCGAAGCCCAUUUAUCCGAUUUUGGGAUUGAUAAGCUAAUCGUGGCCGUGGAGGCAGAGGCCUCUUCCUCUUCAACUCGGGUCGGUACUCUGGGUUACGUGGCUCCAGAGGUCGCCUUGACGGGUCAGGUCACGAAAGAAUCGGAUGUUUACAGUUUUGGAAUAGUACUGUUGGAAAUUCUAACUGGAAAGAAGCCGGUGAUGUUUACUCAAGAUGAGGAUAUCGUGAAAUGGGUGAAAAGGCAAUUGCAAAGCGGUCAAAUAUCGGAGCUUCUUGAACCGGGUUUACUCGAACUUGACCCGGAAUCAUCGGAAUGGGAGGAGUUUCUUUUAGGGGUAAAAGUGGGACUUCUUUGCACCAUGCCUGACCCAAAAGAGCGACCUUCUAUGUCGGACAUAGUAUUCAUGCUUGAAGGGUGUAGGGUGAGCCCGGACAUCCCGUCUUCGGCCGACCCGACAACAUUAGCUUCUCCUAACUCCUAAUUAGUGUUCAUUGAAUUGUGUCAUUAGAUCCUUUUUAUUUAAUGUACCACUAAGAUUAUUAUUUCGAUUUGAUGUUUUAGUUUAAGAUU